GCGUUAUUUUGUACAUACAGUGUUCGAAAUUCGCGGUAGCCCGAUGGCCCGAGGCCACCAAAGACAGCUGUGGCUACUGAUUUUCCAUAGAAACUAGCCCGACCGCGCUACCGUUUUUUCCUUAUGUGAUUUAAAAAAACAAACAUGUUAAUUACACAACGCGUAACGCAUCAUGUUUUUAUACGCAAAGCCUUAUUAAUUAAAAAUGGGUCUUUCAAGGCGACUGGAGCGACUAAGUCGCCUUGAAUUCGCCGAAAUUUACGAUGAUAAAAAGCUAAUUGCUCUGCGAUUCAGGGCUCAAGCCAUGUGCUGAAUAUUUGUUUAUUUAAUCAAUGAAUAUAAACACAUGUCAAAAUUAAUUAACGCCCGAAGUGACAACUAAUUAUCGAUCAGUUUCUAACCAGUAGCUGUGUGUAGCAGCAGUCAAACUCUAUGACGUCAAUAACUCUGCCCAUUAUGUAAAUUAACAGAUAACGUCGGCAGUUUUCGACAACUACGAUGGCUAUGAAAAUCAACAAUGCUAAAGUAGCAAUAUGAACAUUGAUAUUUUAUUUAUUUCGUUUAAAUAUAUUUUAUUUAUUAGCUAAAAUAAAUAGAAAGAUAGUUAAGUUUUUAAUGCGGACAGAAAAUAAUCAUUCUACAAAAAGUAAAUGCGCAAGAAACAGGUCCCAGGUGCCUGUUUACUUCCUGACAAAUUCAAUCAAAGUGAACGGAGAACUGUUGGACAAAGUUAACUCGUUGUCAGUGUACAGUGCAGUAAGGUUCUAUUUAACAACUUUGAAUUGCUUUGCCAUUUAUUUUAAAGAACAAUUAUAAGAAUAUUGGCAAUCGGCUAAAACACGGUAUUUGUCCAUUUUAUAUUUUUUGGUUGUUAUACAUAGAUUGAAGGAAAGUGUGUGAUUUCAAACUUAAUUCUUUGCAGCCAAAGCAUGUAACCUAGUCCACUCCUGCUGGCCUCCAAAUUUCAAGUGAAAAUAUCAAUUUGUAUUCGAGUAACAGCAAAAAACAUAUCCCAAAAAUGGCCAUUUUCAAGCGUUAUGCUGUCUCAUUUGAUUUUUUUAUAUAUUCAAACUGUUAUAUAUCUAUUUUGCAUGAUGAUUUGGAAAAAAUGCAUUACCUCAGCUUAUAGAAAAUUUCAAGUGAUAAAUUUUGGUGGGUAAAUCAAGAAAAUAGACAAAUUAUUACAGAAAAUAUGACUUAUUAACAUAAAGUGGUGCUUUUGCCAAUUUUUCCAAAUCACAAUAAGUAUCCCUUGUUAUAUGCAUGAAAAACAUUGAAAAUUCACCCAUUUACAAGUGAUAACUGUUUUGUAAGACUGAUUUUUAAUCAAACUUCCAAUUUUUUGUUGCUUUGGGCAUUCAUGAUUCACAUUCUUAAAAAGAAGGAGGUUCACCUGUAAGAUUUUCAGGGUUAAAAAAUCUGUAGAGUCCGUAACCAUGGGUUUGUAUCCACAUAUGUAUUAAUGACAGAAAUGUGGCAUUCCACAAAUAAAAACCUCUGUAUGAGUAUGUUUAAUGGCUGAAAUAUUUUUGGAAUAUUUUGAUUUUAAGUUGCAUUUUUUUACAUAUUUAAUGUUACGGACACUACAAAAUCUGCCUUCAAAUUUUGAUUUGAAAUUUCCAUUGUUUUCAAUAGCAUAUUUCCUUAUAUUUUUUCAUGGUAAAAGCAAUUUUUUUAUUGUGCAAUAUUGCAUCAUCUUUUAACUAUUGGAAAAUACCAAUAAAAUGGCUGAUGCAACAAUAUUUGUGAUGAAUUAUUGCAUCAUCCAAAACAACCGCCUUUCUAAGAAAUACAACAGUCCAGCUGUAAUGAUGGAAUCAGCUAAGAAAAUGGCUUAUUUUGGUUAAUAGUCGGUCAGAUUCCAGCAAGAAGUCCUUUCAAAUGGAAAACACUAAAGGUGUUGGUUCCAGUGAUGCUCUAGAAGAGAGCCGAAAAUCAUCACUGCGAUCCCGGAAACUUGAAAAAAAUGCUGAAAUGAAUGCUGAAAAGAAUGAAGACAUAGAAAAGAAGCAAAAGGAGAAAAACAGGCUGAAAGUCAAGGCAUGGAGAAUGCGUCAGAAAACAGAAAACUCCACAAAAUAUUCUGAAAUCAAAAAGAAAGACACAGAAAGAAAGAAGGAAGCUCGAAUGAAAGUGAAACUCAUGGCCAAUUCAGAUCCUGAAUUAAAAGCCUCCUUAAGAAAGAAAAAAGCUAAAGAAAUGAAAAGAUACAGACAGAGAAAAAAGAUGAAAACAACAUGUUCUUCUGAAGAUCCUGGUGUUAAAAAGAGUAAGAAACCGGCUCUGGAAGAAAAAAAGAAAAAAGCUGUGAAGCGAACACAAGCCUGGAGAAUGCGAAUUAAACUUAAGUCUCCUACAAUUCCAAUUGUUAACACAGUUGAUGAAAAUGACAGUCAUGGAGAAAGCAGACAGAACAAAAGUAACUUAUCCCAUGCAACAGUAUACAGACGAGCGCAAAUGGUGAAAGGCAUUCUGCCUAGGACACCAAAGAAGAAAGCCGCCAUUUUAUUCUUGGUGAGACACUUAGGUGGACAAAUACCGUGUUUUAGCUGAAUAUAAACAUUGGAACAUUUUGUUGUAACUUCCGAAACUUGAAAGUGAAACUGAAAGUUGAAAAGGGAAACAUGUCAUUGCACAAUUGCUGGUGGAUAUCGGAUAUGACAAGGAUGCAUUGAAUAACAAAACUUAUAGUACAUGCAUAAUUCUUUACUUUAAAUAAAUGAUAUGUUCUGAAAAUAUUUCUCUCUUUUGAUGAUUACCUUUUUGAAAACUUUAGUUACUAACCUUUUGAUGACUAUACUAUUAUACGUUAUGUCUCAGUCAUCGAAAUUAGACUUUUGGAUCAACAAGCCCGAAUUAUUAUACUAUUGCUUGGCAUCAAAUUUUUGAACAAGCCCUGCUAUAUAAAAUUCAGAAUUUGACAUUUUACCAGUACAGGGCUUGCGGGCUUGUGCUAAUUUCGACUACUGGUGUCUAUAAUUUAUUAUUGACGCAUUGUUCAGAUUGGGGAACAAUUAUUGAAACUGUAUGAGCGUGCUUAAUUAGAUGAUCAGAACUAUUGCGGAAUUGUAUUCAAACCUUUAAAAAUGAUUUCGAACGUGUAAUACUUUAUAGUGUUUUAAGUUUGGGCUAGUGAAAUUGGGUUCGGGCUAGUAAAAUUCCCUAUCUGGUAGCCCCAAUGGGCUAGUGGAUUCCAAUCCGAAUUUCGUACACUGUACAGAAGAGAAUGCCUGUUAUCUAUUCUUCUAUGAUCAAGCCUAUGCCACUGUAAAGACUGCAUCAUGUCAGUGACUAAUGUUGUCAUAUGAAACUAGGCAGUUUGUCACUAAAUGCUGUACAAAUUGUUGUACUUUUUUACAAAAAUGAUUUGAUAUUUUAAUUUUCUAUGAAAUGAUAUCAGCAUGUCUUAUUAGCUACAAUAAUUAGCGAUCAGGGAUACUCUUAUUAUUUUGACAUUUAUUACGUAUCCCUGUGCAGGCUGUGGUCUCGAGUCUGCCAUAGUUAAAAAAAAUCGUCAAAAGACUCGUUGACGGCCAUUUGGGUGGAUUACAUGUGUAAUCUGAAUAUUAGAAACUUCUUCAACAUUAUAACAUGAGGAAAGUUUUUUGAAAAAUAUAUUUCAACAAAUUGUUGAUCUAGUUUUCAAGUUUUUUGUAAACAAAUGAUAAUAUUAAAAUAAUCAAGCAACUUUUCAUAAGUUUAUCGUUUUA